GCGGGGGGCGGGCGUUCCCGUCCUUCCGGCCCGUGCGGGGCCGUCAGCGCGGCCUGAGCGGGGCCGGCACCGGGAUCGGGAUCGGGAUCGGGAUCGUGAUCGGCACCGGGAUCGGGAUCGGCACCGGGAUCGCGGCUGGCUCCGGGAGCGGGACCAUGUUCCGCCGCAAGCUCUCGGCGCUCGACUACCACAACCCCGGCGGCUUCAACUGCAGGGAUGAAACCGAGUUCAGGAAUUUCAUUGUGUGGCUGGAGGACCAGAAAAUCCGACACUACAAAAUCGAGGACCGGGGCAACCUGAGGAACAUCCACAGCGAGGAGUGGCCCAAAUCCUUCGAGAAGUACAUGAAAGAUGUGAACUGUCCCUUCAAAAUACAGGAACGACAGGAAACAGUGGAUUGGCUUCUUGGCUUGGCUGUGAGGCUGGAGUAUGGAGAUAAUGCUGAUAAGUACAAGGAUUCCACCCCUGAUGGUGCUAAAAAUGCUGACAACACAGCAAAAAAUGCAGAGCCACUGAUUAACCUGGAUGUGAAUAAUCCUGAUUUCAAGGCCGGAGUGAUGGCUUUGGCUAAUCUGCUUCAGAUCCAGAGACAUGAUGAUUACUUGGUGAUGCUCAAGGCAAUUCGGAUUCUGGUUCAGGAACGCCUGACACAGGAUGCCAUAGCCAAAGCCAGCCAGUCCAAGGAGGGUCUGCCUGUUGCUCUGGAAAAGCACAUUCUUGGAUUUGACACGGGAGAUGCUGUCAUCAACGAAGCUGCCCAAAUCCUGCGCCUGCUGCACAUCGAGGAGCUGCGGGAGCUGCAGACCAAAAUCAACGAGGCCAUCGUGGCCGUGCAGGCCAUCAUUGCUGACCCCAAGACUGACCACAGACUGGGGAAGGUGGGGAGAUGAAGAGAGAAGAGCUCCCAGCCCCCCCGGGUGUGCUUGGUGCAAUUAGGAGCGGCUCCUCUCUGGCACGCGGCUCGAAACGAGAUUAAUUUGCCUGUUUGGGAAAGAAAACAGGAAAUUGGAUUCUGACUUCUGAUGACUUACCAGAUUUUUCUUUAAAUAAAUGACAUCGAGGGAAACAGAUUGUUCUGAUGAGCUC